GGCGGUCAAAAGUGGAUACCAAGGUUACAACUUUCCUUUCUCUAGUCAAGAGAAUGUUUCUCAGUCGUUUGUUGACUAUGGUAGUCCUUCAAUGCUAAACUUACACUUGGAAGAACAUGGAAAAGAGCUAGUCUCAUACUCUAACCGGUCGCACGACUUACAAAUACAACAGCUGGUCGCAACCCAAACAAGCUUGCCAUUUCUUGACCUUAAUCAACGUUCUUCGGCAAUAAUAGAGCAAACAUUUACUGAUCAUGAACUAAGUGCACGCUUAUAUAAAGAUUGGGUCAGCUUAGGAAAGGCUAAUGUGCAUGUGGAAAACUUUUCGGCAGAUCAUCCCGGCAUUAUGUACUCGACCGUGACGAACCUUGCCCAAACUGACCUAAAGGGUUCUUCCUGGGGAACUUGUGGUGCGCUUAAGUCAAAUUUCUUUAUGCCGAGGAAGGGUAAAGAGGCUUUGUGUCGGUGUAAAUUAUGCUAUAAUUUUCGGGAAGGUUAUGCUAACCGAAAGAGUAAUGCUGCUCGGGUUAUGAAGGAUAUGGAAAGUGCUUUGUCAGAUAUCCCACCCUUUUUGCUGUAUGACCUUUUCCAAGAAAGUAAUGCGUUGGAGACGACACGAUUUCAAUAUGAUACUUUCCUAGGAAACUGUUUAUCCUGUCACUCUUCAGAGACAAACGAUCAAGGCCUUCUCAUGUAUCCAAGUGGUCCUGGCCUGGAUGUUUUGAAUUUACUACUUAUCUCAGUGGAUCCUACUAACCCGUUGUUUGAAGGAAAAGAAAUUGGUUCAGCGUCUUUUACAUCGGUUCUUUCAAAGCAGCAGUUUGCGAUUCAUGGUCAAAUAAGGCAGACUGACUUUUCUACGUACAGUCAAAGUGACAUUAUCGUAGGAGUUCGAUCACAAUAUAAUUGUUCAUUCUUCCAAAGUAGUCCAAGCGCAUGUAGAGAUGGGCUAUCUAUAGAGCCUCUAGAGACAUUAGCUCUUAGCAAACAAGCCAUGUGUAUUGCAGUUAGCCCCUACAUUCCUGGAGAAGCCAUCACCGUGACAGAAACUGGUGAAGUGUACUUGUGGUCAUGUGGUCACCCUCUACAGACUGUUCAUCAACCCAACUCACCUACAUGUAACAGUCAAGAGUUGCCAUGGUACCAGUGUGUCUUUGCUACAAACCCUCGAUGCAUUGCAUUGGCAGAUGCAAAAGGCAUGAACUUGUUAGAUUUCAGGGCUGGAAAAUUGUUCCAAAGGUUGUUUUUCUCUAUACCGUCAUCUGAAGUUGACCCCUUCGAAUGUGUGUCUGCAAUUCAGCGUCACCCACAGAAUACCCACCACUAUGUAUUAGCCACUGAUCAGUCACUUUUACUUAUAGAUGAUCGUUUCCUUCAACACCCUGUCUUAAAAUGGAGACAUCACAAUGAAGACCCAGUUCAAUUCAUUAAUGUUAAUUGUGAUACAAUUCAAGGCUGUAAUGAUACAGUGUUGGUGAUUUCUGGCUCAAAUCAUCGACAGACUCACUGCUUUCAGUAUUCUGAAGGCCAGUCCCAAGCUGGAGAUGUCCUCCCUCUAACCAAAGAAGAGUGUUAUUUGCCACCUCAAUCAACAACUCUUCCAUGGAAGGUAUCAUCCUAUAGUGAGUGGUAUUACAAAGGGCUCAGGAAUGGCCUCACCUUUUCAUCAGCAAGUGCUUUGCGGUUGUCAAAACCACUUAUUGGCAUCUGCACUCUGUCACACACCACCCAUCCUCAAAAGGGUUUCACUGUCUUUCAAAUGUCAUCUGUUGGUGAUUUGUUCUACCAGCCAUUUGUUCUACAAAGUGGCAAAGAUUCAAUAGUAGACUUUAGCUCUAACAAUGAAGGUGCUACAAUUGUUGCUGGUGACCUUGGUCCCAGAGAUAAGAUUUUGUGUCAAAAAUGGAUUGAUCUUGCUAAUGUUCAAAAUGAAAACUUUGUGAAAUCAUCUGUAAAUCAAGUGGAAUGCAUUGAGGUUGACACAAAAGUUCUUUGUGAUGAGGUAGCACUUUUGCCAGAGCCUCAUUCUUGUUGUGUAUUGUGUAAUAACAAACAAAUUCUUGACACCAUGUUGCUGGAGCAGACAGAAUCUGGAUCAAAUGUUUGCAAAAGAUGUGGAAUGGAGUUGACUUGCAGCCUAAAUCUGGUAAAGAAUCAGAAGAACAAAAGGGUUCUUACAAAAGAGACUCUUUGUAUGCAAUUUCAAGUAAAAGAGUUAGGAAUUUUUCCUGAUAUGGCUACAGCUACAGACCCUCUGAGUAAAUGUCUAUGGUUAAAUUGGACAAGUUUUGAAGCAAUACCUGUGUUCUCAUCAGUGGAACAAGGUUCAGAAAAAAAUGAAACUGAGGAGAGAAGUAAAAAAGGAAAUACAGUGCCACCACCGGCUGUGACAGUCUUCAAAUCAAAAGAUUUGUCACAUCCUGUCAGACAAAGCAGUGAAGGUGAUGGUACUUUUCCUACCACUUCAGUUCAGAAGCAGGACACACCAUCUUCACCCCAACCAAAACAAGUGAAGAAACACUUAAAAGUGAAGGGAAAACAAACUCGACAUGUCAUGGGCUUUUAGUCUUAGUUGGAGUUACUGUAGCAAUUUUGAACUAUGAUUGUUAAAAUGUUUUGAAGGUUCAUCAUCAAUAAUGUUUUGCAAAGCCUUUUACUUGGAAAAAUAAACUUCUCUGGCUUGUAAAAUUGUUAUAAUAAAAAGAUCCUGACAUUAUUUGAUAAAUGUUGGAUAAAUUCAUCUUUGAAUAAUUAUGAGUGAUACACUUCUUAAGCUGUAGUAAAAAUAAAGCCUAGUAGAAAAAAAAAUUUGGGCCUGUACAGGAGUGGAACCCAUGACUUCUGUGAUAUGGGUGUAGUGUUCCACCAAGUGAGCCAACAAGCCAUCUGGGAGCUGGUCAUUUUGUUGUUUCAUAGCAAUCAUGUGAAGUGAUGAAUAAAUGUAGCAAUUCAUUGGUUUAUUAUCAAGGCCAAUUCAAACAUAGAUGUAACAAGAUUAAAGAAAAUGAUUGUCAACUGAAGCUCUUGACUGUUUAACAGAUACUUGUCAUUACUACUGUCUACUAGCAUAGAAUAGAGAACUGUAACAAGAAUAUACACACUGAUGUUAGGGUGUAAAUGGUUAACAGGGGCUGGCUUAUGGCUAGAUGGUAUACCAUAAGUCAUACUACGUAGAACUUGGAGAGAAUGUUUUAAUGAUUCAAAUAAAAAAAAGCCCUUUUAGUUUAUUAA